AUGUUGUACUCGACGCUGGCGAUCUUUUCGGGUCUUCUGACCCUUGCCAGCACGGCGGUCUGUCGCCCUCGCGCGGAUAUGUGUUCAGUGGCUGCUCUGUCUUCGGGUCUUGGCUCUAAUGCUACUGUGCUGUCCGCCACCUUUGUUGCCGCCGGAGGGUCAUUCGGGGAGGGCACCGCAAACCCAGCAUUUCCGAUCAAUCCAACUCACCUGCCCGCGACAUGCGCCGUCUUGGUCAACGUGACUACGACAUCCACCUCGUCCUUCCGCUUCGGACUCUUCCUGCCAACGACGACAUGGAACGAGCGCUAUCUCACGGUGGGCAACGGGGGCUUCUCUGGUGGCAUCAACUGGCUCGACAUGGGCGCUGGCUUGCAGUAUGGGUUUGCCGUCGCCUCUACUGACAUGGGGCACAAUUCGUCCAUCUUCGAUCUCAGCUGGGCCCUGAACCAGCCUGAGAAACGCAACGAUUUCGGGUAUCGCGCUACCCAUGGUACAACUGUCAUCGCAAAGAGCCUUGUCCGUACGUUCUACGGCAGUGCCCCCAAGUAUUCAUACUACUCUGGGUGCUCAACCGGUGGAAGACAGGGCCUGAAGUCGGCACAGGUCUAUCCGGAGGACUUCAAUGGCAUGCUGGUCGGCGCCCCGGCGUACUGGACCAAGAGACUGCAGACUUGGACGACGAAGCUUGGCCUUUACAACCUUCCCGAAACUGGACCCAACCAUGUCGGCGCAGAGAUGUUCCCCGUGCUGGCAGCCGAGGCCAUCCGGCAAUGUGAUGCCGUCGAUGGUGUUACCGAUGGCAUAAUCAGCGCUCCGCAAAAGUGCAAAUUCAACCCGGCAACCUUGUCGUGCAAUUCGACACAGACAACCAACUGUCUCAGCUCCGCUCAGCUCCAGACCAUCCAGAAUGUCUACUCUGACUACACCAUCAACGGGCAGCUUGCCUUUCCCGGCUUAGAGCUUGGCUCUGAGGCACAAUGGGCCGUAUUGCUCUCAGGCAGCACGCCUAAUCCUCUUGGCUACGAAUACAUCCAGGACUUCUUGCUCAACGACCCCAACUGGCCCUUUGAGAGCUAUGACGACUCACUCGUGGCACUUGCCGACAAGCUUGACCCGGGCUCCUGCACGGCCGACAACUACGCCGCCAUGGUAGGCUACCAGAAACGCGGCGGCAAGGUGCUCAUGUACCACGGGCAGUCAGACGGGCUGAUCUCGACACGGUCGUCGACGCACUUCUAUGAGAGCGUCGCGUCGACGCUCGGAAUAGGCGGUACCAAGGGGCUGAACUCGUGGUUUCGCUUCUUUCUCGUCCCGGGCAUGCAACACUGUACCGGCACGGCUGUCGACGCACCUUGGUACUUCGCCGGAGGCAACCAGGCCGGCGCCGUCGGCACGGAUGUCUUCUCGGUGCCAGGGUUCACGGAUGCGAAGCACGACGCACUGAUGGCAUUGAUGCAGUGGACAGAGAACGGGACGCCGGUUGACAACAUCAUCGCGACAACGUGGAAGAACUCGACGGAUCCAUCGUCGGGUGUGUUGAAGCAGAGGCCGUUGUGUCCUUACCCUUCCGAGGCAGUCUACAAGGGCUCGGGCGAUGUCAAUGCUGCGGCUAGCUGGAAAUGUUCCUAA